GUUCUUCCUCCUCCGUUAAGUGUUUUGUUUUCGAUACUCAAUUGAGCGGCCUGAUAGCCCCAUGAAAACAGCUGCAGAACUCGACUUUGCCUAUGGGAAGAACAGGCGUCAAUCGGCGGUGAAAUCAAUCGAAGAGGUGCCAAUAGUGCGGGCUUGACCCGCUGCCUUGCGAUUGCAACAUACUAAUUGAAAGUGCAAAACUAUGCACAUGCUAAUGUUCGAGUACGAAGUCGUUGGCUAUAUGGCCCCGUCGACUUGCUGUGUGCGAUCCUAAUAGAUUCCGGGGAAAACCUUUCGCUCAGCCCACUCAGCCCAUUGCUUUCCACUGGCGCAAACCCUGACCUGCGCCAAUUCUCAUAUUUUUCUUCAAUCAUUUUGGACGUCAACAAAUGGCGAGAAUCGUUGGGAGGCUUUUGAAAAGUGUUUGCUUUUUGUUUAUUUGCGUAUCGUUUAUUGAUGGGCAUUAAAUGCAUCUGUCGGAGAACUCCAAACCAGUUACGAGCUAUUAAGUGCACAACUGCAUUGUAAGCAGCCGCAGAAAGAUAAAGAACGUGCGAAAAUGCAUACAUCCUGGAACUGGAACUGGAGAUGGGCUCUGCUGAUUUUCUCGGCCCUGCUCCUCGUUUCGCUGGCCAAUUCGGAGGAAUGCGGCCAGGAGGAGUUCGCCAAGUGCUCCGAACCACUUGAUAUGCUGCAUUUAUCGUCGAACUUCUCGAUUGGACCGGCCAAGAAGGAGGAACUGGACAAACUUUGUCAUGAGCUGCGCAAGGGCGUGCGGUGCAUCCAGAGCUUCACCCGGCGUUGCAUGGACCUGCAGCAGAGGAACCAGUUCAACAAGCUGUACCACGGAACCAACCAGUUCAUCAGGGAUCUGUGCAUCAAGGGAGCCUUCCAAGAAGCUUACCUGAGGCACGCUCCCUGCUCCAAAAAGGCCAAAACCGAGUUCGAGGUGUGUGGCAACCGCUACAAGGACACCAUGGUGUUCCUGACGCCGAACAAGAACCAGGAAAACUCAGAGAAUGGCACCUUCAAUGAAAACAUAAAAACCAUUUGCUGCUCCAUCAGCGAGCUCGUGGACUGCUCGGAGGAUGCUGCCCGCAAGGUGUGCGGCAACGAGGCGGCCGAGUUCACUCGCGAACUGGUGGACAAGUACGCCAACAGCCUGACCAAGAUCUACUGCGAGAACUUCACCCGGCAUCCGGGGCACUGUCGGAAGAACGAGGAGAACAGCUCCCAGCGAGCGGGUCUGAGCAGCCUGAGCCUGCUCCUCACAGGGACCCUGAUCACACUGCUGGUCAGCAGAGGCAGCAGAUAGAUGGCAGAGCCACAGCCAGGUGCAAACAUCUAGAACCAGUCUUACCACGUCGGAAAUAUGCACUGCAAGAGAGGAGAUGCGAUGAAAAAGUAGUUAAGGUUUCCCCAUCAUCACACCGAAGAAUUCCACACGCUGUUGCAUACGUUUUGGCAGUCAAUUUAGGCCCCACAGAUCCCUGAUCCCGGGAGAUCGAAGGAGUAAGUUAAGUAUGUUAUGUAUACCAGUAUGCAUAUAUAUAUAUAUAUAGAACAGUGUCGGGCAAAGCUAAGAUCGUAUAUAUAUGCGGAUAUGUAUGUUACUAUAUAAAGGAUGUAGGCUAGCUAGUUAGAAUCAGUGUUGAGUGUGGCAGGCAGGUUAGUUGUUGUUGGCCUUACUUUCCAAUCGAUCGUGCAAUACUAGAGUUUCGUUGAGUUGUUCAAGUUGUCCAGGCUUUAAGUGUAGGCAUAUUUUAGAGAUACGAUACCCCUAAGUUUCACAAAUCGUUGUUAGCUGAAGUUAUAGAGCGCCACCACCCACCCACCUCUGUUUUGGCGUACCACUAGGCAAUACCUAUACCUAUACCUAUACCGCCAUCCCAUAGUUUUUGCAAAAGUCACUCCCCCAAGCGCACAAGGAAGUAAUCCCCCCGGGGAUUUGUUCACAUAUCGGCAAUAACUUUACGUAAACUGAAAGUGCAUUUCUAUGAAUGAGGAAUUUUAAAUUAUUUAUUAACUUAUUUAGUGGAUAGCGUAUAUUUAUUUCACUGUAAAUACCUUUGAUACUAUUCAAAUUGGGAAGUAUGCAUAUAAAAUAAAUAUUAGUUUAACUUAAAAUUACACACGAACACACACCACACCUACUUACAAAAACUGUGAAUAUAUAUUAUGAUUAAAGAGUAACAUUUAUUUUAAGUGAAACACACACAUGCAUAUGCAAGGAAAAACAAUAAAAAAUGAGAAAAUAAAUUAACGCAAAAAAAGUG